AUGCCACGUAAGCUACGUAAGAAUAUACGUAAGAGGAAGAGAGCAUUGAAACAUCCAAUAGUAAAACUGACACCACAACAACAGUUGCAACAACAAAUGCUGAAUGACCCCACUAUGUUGCAACAAAUGUCAAGCAAUCCUAUGCUUUUAAACCGAGUUGUUGGUGCACAGAGUGGAGGUUUAAGAGCGGCACUUUUAGCGAAAAUGGCAGGCUAUGGUGGAGCUGCAGACGGAACAGCCUAUAACCCUCAAAGUCAAAUGAAUUUGAGUUCACUCAAAAAUCAAAUAACAGAUGUCAAAAAGUCAAACAUAGACAUACAGAAGCAAAUAAGUGAAAACGAAAAGAAACUAGAAUAUGACAGACACACAAAGAAACUCAAUGAGUUAAACGUAGAGAAAAAGAAGAAAGAAGAACAACUGAAAGAACUAAGUACAGAGGAAUAUGCGAAAAAAGUGUCAGAAAAAGCAGCAGAAGUAGCAAAAAUGGAACAAGAUGUCAUAAAUUUGAAAAACCAUACUACUCAAUAUAAAAUACUGAAAGAUGAAGAGAUAAAACAAAAAGCCCUGAAGACAUAUAUGGAUAGCGAUGAGUAUAAAAAAGAAGUUGAAGCAAAUGUAAAGGCAGAAAAACUUUUACAGUUGCAAAACCAAACCGUACAGUAUGAAAACUUAGCACAAGAAAGUAAAAAUAACGACGCAGCCAUGCAAAAGGCAAUUGAAAAAGCGCAGAAUAUAUAA